UUCAGUUGACUUCGAAAAACCGUUUGAGAAGAGAUUGCGGGACCUUCCAACAUUGAACAUUAACUUUCAUUUCGUUAAAAGUGAGGACUUUCCAAACAUCGUGUAUUUCUAUUCUUAGAUAAUUAUUUAAAUUGAAUCCUUAGACAAUUAUUUAUAUAAAAAGUAUAAUAUUCUAUUAUUAAAAACUAAGUUUCGUAAUGAUGUUAAAUUGACGUUCAUAAAACUUAAAUACACGAAAAAAAAUAAUACAGCACGAUCUGGGACAAAAAAUAUCGACUGUGAAAAAAUUGACAGGAAACAAAAAUGGACAAAGAAAAUAAGACACAUCAGCUAACUGCUCAAGUAUUGAAAGGCAGUAGUUUUAAGGGUUUGCAUAUUUCCAAAGCAGCUCCAACAUAUAAUAUUUUAAAAAAUAUAGAAAAUGCAAAUGAUGAUAAGAAAAAAAUCUGUGAAAUUAGCUCAACAAAAACUGCAGACCUAGAAAAAAAUAAUAUUGCGAAAAAAUCUGUAGAAUUAAUGCCACCACCUAAAUUAACAAGUGCAUCUAAAUCAGUCAACUCUAUUCAAGACCAACAAAAAUCUAAUAAUGAACAUAGUAAAGAAAUAAGGAAUAACAAAGAUGAUGAUGUUCAGAAAGUUUCUAGUUCAGAUAAAACUAGUACAAAUACGGAAAAUCAAAAAGAAAAGAGAUGGGUAUUGACAGAUUUUGAUAUUGGUCGACCUUUGGGUAAAGGAAAAUUUGGCAAUGUGUAUCUAGCCCGAGAAAAAAGGACGAGAUUUAUAAUAGCUAUGAAGGUGCUUUUUAGAUCACAAAUUUCAGAUGCGAAUAUUACACAUCAAGUAAUAAGAGAGAUAGAAAUUCAAACCCAUUUAAGGCAUCCAAAUAUUUUGAGGAUGUAUGGAUAUUUCUAUGAUGAUAAACGAAUUUAUUUAAUAUUAGAAUAUGCUCCGAAAGGAGAGCUUUAUAAAGAACUAAAUAAGCAACCUAAUAAACGAUUUAAUGAAUUAAGAACAGCAAAUUAUAUAGCCCAAUUAGCAGAUGCGUUAAAAUAUUGUCAUAGUAAGAGUGUUAUCCAUCGUGACAUUAAACCAGAAAAUUUACUCCUUGGAUUAAAUGGCGAAAUAAAAGUAGCCGACUUUGGAUGGUCUGUGCAUGCUCCCUCUUCUCGACGAGACACUUUAUGUGGCACUUUAGAUUAUUUACCACCUGAAAUGGUAUCUGGCAAAACACAUAAUCAUACAGUUGACUUUUGGAGUGUUGGAGUAUUAUGUUACGAAUGCUUGGUUGGUAAGCCUCCUUUCUAUGCAACAACUAAUGAUGAAACUUAUGCGAACAUAAAAAAAUUGCGAUACACAUUUCCAAGCUUUGUUAGCGAAGAUGCAAGAGAUUUAAUUUCAAAGCUGAUAGUUAUUGACCCAGAAAAAAGAUUAGAUAUGGAUGGUGUUCUUAAACAUCCUUGGAUUGUAAAAAAUCGUAUAAUAUAGGAAAAAGCAUGAGUAAAAUAUAAUUAUAUAAUACAGCACAUAAUUGCAUAAAUCAUAUAUAAAUUUAUCACGAUUCUGAAUAAUUAUCAUAGUAAAUUAAUAACAAAUAAUAUGUACAUAGAGUAUUCAUAUUGUUUAUGCCUUUAAAAUAUUCUCUUAUACAUAUAUAUGGUUUUGGGAUGUUUAGUGAAUUUUAGUUUAAAUAAUUUUAUUUAAAGUGAUUUAUGCAACAAAAUAUAUCAAUAGUAUCUAGUCUAGUAGUAGACAUCUUUUAUAAUUUUUCGACACUUGUUUUCUAUUUUAGAGGAAUAGACUAAAUUACUGUGAAUCAAAUAUGAUUGCAUGAACUAAGAAUGUAUGAAUAAUUCGUGUAUUGUGGGUAUUAAAAGAUA